AACUCUCUCUGUUAUAGUCCAAUGUAGACCUUUUUCACAAUGAGAGUUUGAACCGUUGCUCAGAACAUCAACUGGUUUUGUUGUUUUUUUUGUGUGCUUACAGCAGUGGAAAGUAGACAGUCUCUGACCUGGAUUCUCCUGUUCAACAGUAACGAGUAGAAAAAGCUGCUGACCAAGGUUAUUGUACAACAGUAACGAGUAGAACAAGUUGCUGACCAUGAUUGAUGUAGACCAGUUACAAGUAGAAAACUGCUGACCAAUCUUCGCCUGCCAAUUGUUCUUCUCAUUUCUCACUCACUGUGGACUUCAGCUGUCUUGCACCGUCACUGUGGACUGCAGCUGUCUUGCACCAUCACUGUGGACUGCAGCUGUCUGGCACCGUCACUGUGGACUGCAGCUGUCUGGCACCGUAAAAGCAGAGAUUCAUAGGAUAAGAAUUUUAACGAAUUUAUCAAACUAAUUUUUUUAAGCAGUGCCGUUGAUUAUAUUGAAAUUAGCUCAAGAUAGCAGAAUGCCUGAGGUCAUCGAGCACGUGACGUCGCAGUUAUGCAGAGAGAAAUUCUGGUCAAAGAAGAAAAAAGUGGUAAGUUUUGUUAUUGAUUGUAUUAUUUUUUUUUUUUAAAAACAACAAUUUUUAUAGCAAUUUUUAUAACAACUUUUUAAGAACUUAUUUACCGCCUUUUUUAGUUAUUGGUUUGUCGUUUAAAAGACAAAGUCUGUCGUUUAAAAAAAAAAAAAGUUUUUUUCGUUUUAAAGACAAACUCUGUCGUUCAUAAGACAAUUUUAUUCGUUUAUAAGAGAUAGUCUGUCUUUUUAUAAGACAAAGAUUUACAAAUGUCUGGUCCUCUAAGCAGGAUUCAAUGAUUGCAUUGCUCAGUCUCUUUGAAUUUUUGGAUCAGUUCAACGGUUGUGGACCCUCAACGUUUUAAAAAUUUCGAAAUAAGCGGUGACUUGAAAAAUAUUCCAUUCCAAAUAUCUAACCGGCAAUAAGGUUAUUCUUUUGUAACAACCAUUUAUAUCCAAAAUGUAACCCAUGUAUAUUCAAAAUUUAACCCCGUGUAUAGAAGUGAAGCCCGUUGGGCCUAUACCUGGUUAGAUCCCCGUUUUCAAAUAGUUGUCCUAUGCCGUGUCAUCAGACUGUAGACUGGAACUCAUAUUUCUCUUGACCAAACCUAAACGAAACAAAGUAAUUUUAGACUUAUUUGGUAAAGAAAUAUCAUUUAGCUUUUCUUCUUUAUGAAUAAAUUUAAUCAUUCAAAUUACCAAUCCCUCUGAUUUCUCAACCCAAAGGGUCACGACCCAAAAUUGUUCAUGUUUAAUUAUUGGUAGUAUAUAUAUAUAUAUAUAUAUAUAUAUAUAUAUAGAGAGAGAGAGAGAGAGAGAGAGAGAGAGAGAGUCUCUCUCUCUCUCUCUCUCUCUCUCUCUCUCUCUCUCUCUCUCUCUCUCAGAGAGAGAGAGAGAGAGAGAGAGAUACUUGAGCUGUCUUGGAUCACUCUUUGGUUAGUAAACACUUCAUGUGUCUUGUGUUAAAAUAAGUCUAGUUUAAAUUUUUUUCAAUCUAGGUGCUGAAAUUGAAAAUGUACAAUGUUAUCAAGACACAUUUCCAUUUAUUCGAAUCAAUACAAAUAAUCUUAUAAGGGGGCAGUCGCUAGGAGGGUGCGGGACCUUGGGCAAAUUGAAUGUUGGGGGCCGUUGACGUUAUCUAUUCCGCCGAUAGGAUGCUAAAACACGUUAUAGUCGUUAUGAGGUCUUGCUGGUCAUAGUGGGGCGCGUCGUAACGGAUAUUUGUUCAUUUCCGACAUUUCUAUGAUUUUUUUUCCUUGAACAGUUAAUCGCCCUGGCCCAAAUGACUCACCCCGUCUCCAUUGUUACCAAUAUCGAGUUUGACUGGAUAAGAACCAUCAGUAGGCUUAGGUAUAUUAAAAACAUACUACGGCAACGCGCGGGGCCCCCGCAAACGGGAGGCCAUGGGUGGUCGCCCACUUCGCCACCCCCCUUAGCGCCGACCCUGCCAACAAGUAGGCGACAAACGUAGACUGUAGCUUAAAAGCAUCGCAGCGCUACUUUUUAAAAAAAAAGUUUGUUUUUUUUUUUCAUGGAGGGAAGGUUAGGUUUUAGUUUUCUUAACUUGUACCGCUAGCCACCAAAGACAUAAUCCCUCCUGGCUUCUUUAUAUUUUACGCCCAUGUAUGCGUAAUACAUGAGAGCACGCUUUGCUUAUCCCGUGUAGUGUUAACUUUUGUUUACAACUAAGCCUCUAAACAAUUACAUAAUUGAUUGAUGAUUAACUUUGUUUUUUUGGCAUCCGUCCCACAGAUCAAAAUAACGGUAGCCACAGCCAUCAUGCUGGUCAUCCUCUGUCUCAGCGCUGUCGUGGUCUACCAUCAGCUAAAGUAAGUGCGACACUCGUGUAGCGGCACUGGCUGCUAUGUACCACGAUGAUUAAUGUGGGAAGGGGCGUGGCCUGUUGUGUACUGCAACAAUUAAUGUGUGUAUGGGGCACUAAGUGUUGUGUUACUGCAAUGAUUACUCUUUGUGGUGGCAUUACUUGUUAUGUGCUACAAUGAUAAUUUUGGUUAGUGCACUACCUGUUCUGUAGAACAAGUAUUAAUUUUUGUAGUGGUGCUACCUCUUCUGUAACAUAAUUAUUAAUUUUUGCAUUAUUGCUAAAAUAAUUAGCGCACUGUCACUACCUGUUAUGCACUACAAUGAUAAACUUAUUUGGUCUGCCUACGGUCUGUACUACAAUGAUAAACUUAUUUGGUCUGCCUACGGUCUGUACUACAAUGAUUUAGUCCGUGCUGUGAAGUUGUGUUGUGUGUAGCAAUCCAUCAAAAGACAACCGCCUCUGUCUAACUUGAUGGACAGGAAGCUUAACUUUCCAUGGAAAAUAUUCUCACGCCCCCCCCCCUCUUUUUUCCCCCACUAACAAGGGUGCACGAGAAGCACAGCGAUCACAAUGUGUGCCAGUGAAGUGUGGUUUAUUCUUGUUUCAAUCUGUUGGUCACAUACGGAUAUGCCUCAAAUAAAAUUAGCAACCCCCCCCCUACUUUUUCCCCCACUAACAAGGGUGCACGAGAAGCACAGCGAUCACAAUGUGUGCCAGUGAAGUGUGGUUUAUUCUUGUUUCAAUCUGUUGGUCACAUACGGAUAUGCCUCAAAUAAAAUUAGCAUUUACCAUUAAAAUUUUAAAAAAACUUAAAAAUUAUUACUAAAAAUAGAACUUAGUAAUUCCGAAAAAAAUGUGCAAAAACAAAGCAUUAAAACACUGAAUUUUUUUAAUUAAAAAAACAACACCACACAUUUAACUGGCGGAACAGAGGACAUCUGCACAGGUUUUAUGUUAUUCAAUUCCGUCAUUGCUUCCAAGUUUUAGACAAGACCACUAUUUGUGGUAGUAUUCCACGUACCUCGCACGGAGUGUGUGCUUAUUUCUCCAAGUUACGCCAAUAGCCGUAGUUUAUUAUAGCCGUGGGCGUUCUGACUUGGUCCAUGAAUGAGCUGCCAACACAGUAGCCUCCAACUCUCCUGUUUGUUUCCGUAAAACGAUGCACAGUAGCCUCAAACUCUCUUGUUUGUUUCAGUAAAACUUAGCACAGUAGCCUCCAACUCUCCUGUUUGUUUCAGUAAAACGAUGCACAGUAGCCUCAAACUCUCUUGUUUGUUUCAGUAAAACUUAGCACAUUAGCCUCUAACUCUCUUGUUUAUUUCAGUAAAACGAUGCACAGUGGCCUCUAACUCUCUUUGUUAAUUUCAGUAAAGGGAAGCAGCGCUCCAAAGAUAUCCUCAAGAAAUACGGCCACCUGUUUGUCAAAGUGAACGACAUGGCAUCCACGGAGAUCAACUUAAAACUGGAGACAGUGGAUGUCCCGGAGGGAACAUUUGAGAUGAAUGAGACAUGCACACUGUCGUGUUCAGCUAAUGGGACAGACCGCAAUGGUCAGUGAUUUUUAUUAAAUUAAUGUUAUUUGGUUAAAUGCUCUUAGCAAGCGGAAUGUGGAGAGUGGGGUCCGAACGGGGCAGUAAUUUUAUCUUUAUAUUUAGGGGUGGUAUUUUUGGGCCAACUGCAAUGCCGUUUGACUCUUUUUCUAGGAAGAAAAAGGUUUGGCAUGAUACUAAACCAUAACUAUGUCACUGGCAGUUAGUAGAAAAAAUAAUUAGAUCUCAAAUUUAAAAAAUGCAUAUUUUUUUUAAUUAAUUUUCCAUUUUUAUUGUUACUGCAUUGUUACGUUGUUUCCAUGAUUUAGUUUUGACCUAAGCCCAGAUGUGCAAUGUAUGAAUCGCUAAUUACAGCUUUAGGUAGUUUGCCGUGAGCGCCUAAAUGCAGAUUGGGAAAGCGAUUUGAUCUUUUAGAGAGAGAAUUAAGAUCGGCUUCUAAUCUCAUCUGUAAUAAAUAUAACAAUACUAUCAAAUGUGUAUUUAUGACACACACUAACCAUAAAAACAAUUGACCUUCACAGACACGGAGAAGGAGCCGAAAAUACAAAGGCAAAAAGAAAAUAAAAUACGCUACCAUGGAUGUUGCGCUUCGUAAGUUGACUUAAGUCAUUUUUUCUGAUGCCAUGUCUGUUGUUUCUUGUAAAUUGACUUAAGUCAGUUUUUCUGAUGCCAUGUCUGUUGUUUCUUGUAAAUUGACUUAAGUCAACUUUUCUGAUGCCAUGUCUGUUGCGUCUCGUCAGUUGACUUAAGUCAGUUUUUCCUGAUGCCAUGUCUGUUGCGUCUCGUCAGUUGACUUAAGUCAGUUUUUCUGAUGCCAUGUCUGUUGCGUCUCGUCAGUUGACUUAAGUCAGUUUUUCUGAUGCCAUGUCUGUUGCGUCUCGUCAGUUGACUUAAGUCAGUUCUUCUGAUGCUAUGUCUGUCGUGCCUCGUCAGUUGAUUUAAGUCAGUUUUUUUCUGAUGCCAUGUCUGUUGUGUCUCGUAAGUUGACUUAGGUCUGUUUGAAUGAUGCCAUAGCUGUCGUGCCUCGUCAGUUGACCUAAGUCAGUUUGAAUAAUGCCUUUGUUGUCGUGUCUCGUAAGUUGACUUAAGUCAGUUUAAAUAAUGCCCUGGCUGUCGUGUCUCGUCAGUUGACUUAAGUCAGCUUGCAUAAUGCCCUAGCUGUCGUGCCUCAUAAGAUGAGCCGGUUUCAUUUAUUUCAUGAUGUAGAGCUGACGGGACACUGUUCCCUGAACAUAACGCUGUGCGGUUUUAGAAGUAUCAAAGUGUUGGCAAAAUAUUACAGUAAAUAAAAACAUCAACACGAACGAAUUAAGGUGAAUGUGGAUUAAGGUGAAUGUGGAUUGAGGUGAAUGUGGAUUAAGGUGAAUGUGGAUUAAGGUGAAUGUGGAUUAAGGUGAAUGUGGAUUAAGGUGAAUGUGAAUUAAGGUGAAUGUGGAUUACGGUGAAUGCGGAUUAAGGUGAAUGUGGAUUGAAGUGUUUGUUAAAGGGCCCACACAAACUUUUGUGAACCACGUAGAUACAAGUACACAACAAAAUGAGGUAAAACUAACCAUGAACUACAUAAAUAUAAGUCCAACACAAAGGAGAAUAAAAGUAACCAUGUUGUGCAAAUUAAUUAAAAAUAAUCAGGAUAAAGACUGCUACUUUUAAAUAUUGGAACAUUGCCUUACGACCCUAUCCGUCGUCGCUUGACGUCAUUUUUUUACGACCACUUCAUAUCUUCUUACGUCCAACAGGUACCCCCAAUAUUUCUCCCCUAACACGCUGCUGAACGGGCUAGGCGUAGUAAGAAGGCUUGUCCAGUUUAAGAGCACAAAGCAGAUAUUUCUUCAAGAUGUCUGCAGGUUUGCAAUUAAUAUAUUUUGUUUGUGAGAGGAUGUGAUACCUAUUUUUUUUAUAAAGUUAAAAUUUACAUUUGUGAAGUUUCAACGAAGCGUUAAUUAAUAUUAAUAUAACAAAGACUGCGAUAUUUAUUAUGCUAAAUCAAGAUAAUAUAUUGAAAAUUUCACACAAAGGUAUACAAAUAAAAAUAAAUUUGUUAGUACUUAUAUUUUUUUUUUCCUUCUUUAUGUUUAGCCAUAUCAAAGGCUGCACACGAGGCUGUACUUGUAGGCAGCAAAAGAUUCGAACCCAGGCCUUAGUUAUUGACUACGAUGGGACGGAAAUAGAGCCUCCACACGAAAACGACAUGAUCACUUUCGCCAACGCCAGGCUGGAACUGGUCGAGUACCCAGGGUUUUGCAAAUGUUACAACUAGUCAGACGUGAUCCGGUCAUACAAAUUUUUUUUUUUUUUGCUGGCAUCCGUCCGUCACAAUGUGACGAUGGAGUGGGCUUCGUAGGACGAAAUCCACAUAGCCUGGGAUUAUUAUACUUGAAGGAUUAUAAGCUGGUUCCCAUCAGCAAAUCGCCUCUCUCCACGCCGCUGGGUAACCCAAGGGAACAUCAUAGAUGAUACAGCUUGGCACCAGUGACGUCGCAGGAGUUGUCGGAAUGUUUCAUUGUAUCAAUGUUAUCCGCCUUUCGGGACUCCAUCUCCGGGUUUGAUUUCAGAGUUUCCAUUCUCUUAGAUGAGUUGCCGUCCAAGGUU